ACAAUUUCAAAAUCAAAUGGAUUUAAAAACUGGUAUUUUUUGGUAGUUUCGUGUUCAUAUGUUGCAUGUUUAGUUUUUCUAGUGCGUAUUCAGUAAUGAAAAUUGUUAAAUUCUUUGAAUUCAAAGAAAUAAUAUGAUUUUUGGCAUAUCGCCCUGAUUUAAAUUAUGCCUGUGUAAUGCUAGAAAAUAUUUCCUUGUGUGUCAUCAGAAUCGAAAUCGAUUUGGAAGCCAGCGAAGAACAAGAAGGCGCCGUCUCUGCAGAACACCCAACCAAUCCGCGCGUGCAAAAGGAGCGCGAACGAGAUCGUGGUCUGCGCCAAGCACGCGACAUAACCAUCGAGACGUACACAAAUCAACGUUGGACACGCGAACUGAGCACCGAGAACGAGACCAGUAAGAUGAGCUGGGCCGCCGCUCUGCAGCAGCAGCACACAAAUAGUCCAACUGCGGGCAGCUCCCGUGAGACAACGCCACGCGGUGGUGACGAGGGCACGCAGGGUACUGGCGUGCAGACAGCCUCGAGCUUUCCACAGGAAAUUGGCUACUUUUCGGGCAAUCCCAUUGUCGAGGUGACCAAAGGCAUUAUACAUCUGUACAAGAAAAACGAGCGCAAGGCCAUCAAGGAGGCGCCCUCGAAUCAGCUGUGCCUUCUGGCCGUGCCGGCCACACUUAACUGCCACGACUUGCUCAAUUUUAUAGCACCAUGUCAUGCCGAGAUUCGGCAUGUGCGCAUCGUGCGCGAUGGAAGUCCCAAUCAGUUUAUGGUGUUGCUGGAAUUUCGCUCAAACGAAUCCGCGUUGGAGUUCUAUAAAUCCUACAAUGGCAUAGCCUACAACUCACUAGAGCCGGAUUCGCUCUGUCAUGCUGUCUGGGUGUCGGAGGUAGAGCGUGGCGAGCAUGGCUUGCCGCCUCUGGGGCACACAGAGCUGCCCACAUGUCCCGUGUGCCUGGAGCGCAUGGACGAAAGCGUUGAUGGCGUUUUAACGAUUCUCUGCAAUCAUGCUUUCCAUGCCAGCUGUUUGAUGAAAUGGGGCGAUUCCACUUGUCCGGUGUGUCGACAUGUGCAAACGCCCGAGCUAGUUGAGGAUUCGGUGUGCAUGGAGUGCGAGGGCACCGAUUCGCUGUGGAUUUGUUUAAUCUGUGGUCAUGUGGGUUGCGGUCGGUAUCAGGGCGGUCAUGCGGCAGCUCACUACCGUGCCACUAAUCACACCUUUGCCAUGCAGCUGGGCACAUCAAGCGUGUGGGAUUAUGCCGGCGACAAUUUUGUGCAUCGCCUGUUCCAAAACAAAUCAGAUGGCAAGCUCGUUGCCUCGCAAACAGAGAAGGAUGAGCGCGAGGAGAAAAUCGACUCUAUGCAAAUGGAGUUCACGUAUUUGCUGACCUCACAGCUCGACACGCAGCGUAAGUACUAUGAGGAGCGUAUGGAACGCUUGGAACAGGAGUGGCAGAACUUCCAAGCAAGUGCCAACGAGGCCAAGUCCGAAAUUAGUGAGCUACAUCAGCUACAACAAAGCAUGCAAAAGGAGAAACAGACGCUGGAACGCAAACUGGCACACCAUGCAACAAAGCUCAAGGAGGUGCAGAAGCAGCUAACCGAGGAGCGCGAACUCUCCAAGGCCCUGCAGAACAAUCAAACAUCCUGGCAUCUAAAAUACAAAACUCUUGAAUUGCAGUACAACGAAUUCAAGCACAAUCACGACAAGGAGGUGACAGAUCUCAAGGAGCAGCUGCGUGAUGUCAUGUUCUUUCUGGAUACCCAACAGAAAAUGGCCAGCACAGAGCUAUCGGGCGCCUCCAUCACCGGCGUCACUGACAAGGAGCCGGAAACCAGUUCGCGGCGCGGCAAUCGUCGUAAGAAAUAGAAUUAGUAUUUUAGUGCACAUCUCAAUAUAUUCGAAUUUAGGUUGCAAUGUUUGCUAAAA